GGUUGCCACAUUUUCGGAGUUCUCCGAGAGGGCGGCGAUCGGCUCGCUCACGCUGGCAUUUUUCAGUCUACCCAUCAUUCUCCCGUCGCCUUUAGUUUUUUUUUUUUUUUACUCCCCACUCAUCCCAAUUUUUAAUUUUUUUUUUCUACAAAAUUUUACUCCUCCAAAUCAACCGCGUGUAACUCCGUUCAGCCAACACAGUUCCCAGCAUGAACAAGCUCUACAUUGGAAAUUUACCGGCGGAUGUGAACGAAGGAUCUAUUCGAGAACUGUUCCACGAACAGACCGGCGCUAGUCCCAAAUCCGUGCUUGUGAAGAAAGGCGGCUAUGCGUUCGUCGAAUGUGCCGACGAGCUAGCGGUCGGUAAAGCCAUAGAAGCUCUUAACGGACAUUCAUUCAUGGGAUCCCAACUUCUUGUGGAGCCACAGCAGUCUGCACCACAGGGCAGAAGCAGUCGUGGCAACCGAGUGCAAGUGGGCAACAUUCCCAGCCAUGUGAAGAGGGAGGACAUCCACGAGCUUCUCUCAACCUUUGGCACAAUACAGAAUCUGGACCAAGUUCCUUCGAAGCCAGACAGUGUGACCUAUCGAGUACAAGUAACUUAUGAGAGUCCAGAUCAGGCACAGCAGGCCGUAGCCCAGCUACGAGACUACGAGUACGAGGGCUCUGCCCUGAAGGCAGACUACCCGAUGGACCCGAACAACCGCAACGGCAGCCGCAACAACACCCGGGUCGGGGGACGUCCCCCGUUCCGGCCCUUCUCCUACUCAGGCAACCAGCCCUCCCCGCUGAGGCCCUCGGACUUUCCCCUGCGGAUCCUGGUUCUGAGCGACAUGGUCGGUGCCAUCAUUGGUCGGGCGGGUGGCACCAUCCGCCAGAUCACUCAGCAGUCGAGGGCCAGGGUUGACGUCCACCGGAAGGAGAAUGCGGGCUCCCUGGAAAAAGUAAUCACUAUAUACGGUAACCCUGAAAACUGCUCAACCGCCUGCCAAAAAAUCCUGGAGGUGAUGCAACAGGAAGCUAGCAACACCAACAGGGGGGAGGUUCCUCUGAAGAUCUUGGCCCACAACAACCUGAUUGGUCGCAUCAUUGGCAAGAGCGGCAACACCAUCAAGCGCAUCAUGGAGCAGACCGACACCAAGAUCACCGUCUCAAGCUUGCACGACGCAAGCACCUUGAACCUGGAGCGGGUCAUCACGGUCAAGGGCAAGGCGGAGGGCGUGUGCCGGGCGGAGCAGCUGAUCAGCGCCAAGCUUCGCCAGAGCUACGAGAGCGACCUGGCCGCCCUGGCCCCGCAGACCCUCAUGUUCCCGGGCCUGCACCCGAUGACCAUGAUGUCGACCUACCCGCCGCCGGGGCCCCCCAUGCGCCCCCAGCCCCACCAGCACCACCAGCCCAUGCACCACCCGCAGCAGCCGCACCAGAAUGCCCGGGGCGGCUACUACCCGUCCCACCACCAGGGCUACGGCGGCCCCCACCACGGGGGCGGGGGCCACCUCGUGUACCCCAACCAGGGGGGCGCCGGUCCAGACGGGAGGGAGCUGGUGUACCUCUACAUCCCCAACGUGGCGGUCGGGGCGGUGAUCGGCACCGGUGGCAGCAGCAUCCGCGACAUGAUCAUGCUGUCGGGCGCGUCCAUCAAGGUUGCCCAGCCGAAUCGGGAUGACCCAGCCGAUGCCCACGAGAGGAAAGUGACCAUCGUGGGAACACCAGAGUCCCAGUGGAGGGCCCAGGGCAUGAUCUUCAACAAGGUGUGCUACGAGGGCUGUGCCGGCUCCCAGGACGGGACUCUGAGGGUGGAAAUCUUUGUGCCUUCUAACCAAGUGGGGAGGAUCAUCGGCAAGGGGGGACAGACCGUGCGAGAACUGCAGAGGCUCACUCGUGCACUGAUCAAGCUCCCCGACGAGAGCCAGAACGCAAACUCUGAAGAGACGCCCGUUCACAUCUUGGGAGAGUUUUUCAGUUCGCAGGCAGCGCAGCGCCAGAUCCGUGCCCUGGUGAGCCGCAACCAGAUGGCGGGCCAGCAGCCCUACCCAAUGCACCCACGGAGCAACAACAACAAUGGGCCCCGGAGGAACGUGUCCGGGGAGCCCCGGGGCAACAACGGGCCCCCCGCCCGCCGCCCCUCCCCUCCCAGCGCAGCCCACGACAGCCAGGGGGGCAGCCAGGACUCCAACUGAGGACCCCCGUCCGCCCUCUUCGGCGCCGCGUCGUCCCCUUCCCCGACCGCCUCCCCUCGUGCGGAGGCGCACUUUACACGAGGAACUUCUCUUCCACUCACAGUUUUGUGCCCCCUCUCUCUUGAGAUGCUCUUUUUACAAUUCCGGUAGGGGCAGGUUGUUUUGUUGGAGAGGGGGUGGUCGACGGGUUCCUCCUGUUUUUGCUGCGUCUGAACGUUGUCGGAGUCGUCCGGGGCUGGCGGUGGGGGGGGUUGGUUGACUGGACUGUUCCUUCUUGCCGCCACGUUGCAACCGUAUGCAAGGAAAGGUUCCCCUCGCUCCCCCCCUCCCCCUCCCCAUUCUCUUCCUCUGCGCCCCCGGUUCUGGCGACUUUGAAAAGGCGGCGGAUGACACCAAAGAAGACGAAGUUCUAGCAUUGUACAUUGUGAACCUCUGCCGCCCUCUCAAAUGCUCGAAGGGCCGCAGAGGAAGGGAGGGGGGAGGUUGGUGGUUGGGCUCAGGAAGCGGGGGGGAGACGACGCGGCGGGGCGUCGCUUUUUCUUGGGAAAGAGAGGAAGAUAUAUAUACUAUAUAUAUAUAUAUGUAUAUGUAAGAAGUGGGUUGAGUGAAACAAAAGAAAAAAAAGAUGAGGGAGUUUAAGAGGCUCCUGUGUGGGGGAGAGGGUUGAGGGGUGACGUGUGGGUGGGAAGGAAGGUACUUGGCUGGCGUCCGAGCGCCGAGGAGAAAGAAAGUCGACUCGGCUAAAGGGAGCUAUUUGCUCUCGGUCCAAGGCUCGUCUCCUCGGCCGUCGUUUCUGCCUCGAGACAUUCCGCAAUGCGAGAAACGCGUUUGGAGAAGGGCGCAAGUCGAGGGAAAAUUCUCGAAGCUUGCAAAGAUGCGACGUCCUCACGCUUUGUUCGCCUUAAUCCUCAACUGACGUAAAAGCGGUGGCCAACGGUUUCGACAGGUUAUCUUCUCUACCGUCGUUUGCUCGGGCAGAGUGACGUUACUUUGGUAGGUUUGAACUCAUGCUCACCGCUUUCACUGCUUCAGUCUGGAAGGAAGGGGAAUGUUCCGUGCGGGCUGGAGCUCUGGCUAUGCAAUGCGCGACCUCGGGAGGUUGCGAGAGUGAUCUGGCGUUUUUGAAGGGCGGGUGAGGGUCUGCCGCGGCAAUUGCGGGAUGACUCCGGCUUUGUGGGAUGCUAGUUUGGGACGAGCGGACGCCUACCAAGUGUCGUUUGCAAACGAAUGUGGGCGUACUUGACUGCGAGUGAAGUUGAGGGCAAAGCAACACAAAUUGUUGACCACUGUAUGUAUACAGAGUGUCUUUUUUUUUUUAUUGUAAAUGUUACUGAGCGAGAGUUUUUAUUUUUGAUACUUGUUGGAGAAACUUUUUUUUUUUUUGUCUUAUGACAAGAGUGGCGACUUUUGCCACAGCAAUUUCUUUUUUUUUUUUUUACCAUGACCUGGAAAAGAUUGAGAGAAGUUUGUUGAAGGAAGGAGAGACAGCUUCGUUAGAAACGACGAAAACUGGCGACUGCACAAAACAACGGGUAAAAAUAUCAAUUUCUGCGGUCAGACUCGGAGCCCCCACUGUCGCUUUCUUUACGUUGUCUGAGUAGUAGGCUGUGUGCGUUGCAUCGCCGAGAUGAUAAUGAAGAAGAUGAAGAUGUUGCAAGUUUCUCCAAUAAGUUUGUCGUUAUCUCUCACAAAAUCAUUGUUGCAUACUUACCGAACGAAACUGAAGAAAAGAAAAAAAAAUGCUGUCCCCUCUUCACGACAAGUUCCACAGUACUACUGCCCCAUUUGCAAGAGUCCACACUUUUUUUUUCUUUCCUGAGGACCAUUUUGACGAUGUGUCGUAUUUCAACACAAAAGCUUCUCUGGACCCGCGAUUCAGCUGGGUUUGCGCCGUCACCCGUGUUUGUGUCACUUCCAACAUGCUCUUUAUUCAUUGCCAGCCAACAGGACAAAAACAGGUCUAACCUCGUAACGGCGGCUGUAAAGCUGGGAGCCCCUACCUCUACCCUAUUGAGAGCUUGGCGCAGAAGUUAAUGAGCAUUUGGUUGUUUUUUGUUGUUUACCUGGUAGUCCCUGGUACCCCUCCCUCAAUACUGGAAUGCCACACAAAACUCCUUUUGCAAGGUUUUUUUUUCGCUUUUUUUUUUUAACCUUGAUUGACUGUUAAACGCGGUUUUGCGUGGACAUAGUUUCCUCGUGCCGCGCUAUUGUCACUACCUCACGAAUCCGCAGGGCGUUGCCUACCAGCGCCCGCGGAGUUACAGGACUAUAAACAGAGGGUUAUAUCGACCGUGGGGGCAAGGCUCCGGCCAAAAGAGGCGGGGCGCUUUUGUUUCCUUGCCCCAGCCCCUUUUUCUUGACUUGAACGCCACAAAGAGGACCACCCUCGGGCCAACCGGCAUUGUUCCCGACAUGUCGAGACUCGCUUCACACCUCAAUUCUUCUGGUUGUUUUCUUACUCCAUACGAAAGGUUUUGUCUCCCGCCGAGCCGAUUUCAUGCAUCUGGGUUGCGGAAGUGGUCCCACUUGUAUUUGGCUUUGUACCCGGAAGGUGUAGGUUCCGUGAAGCGACGGGCAAAAUCUGCUACGGCUUGCGGAAGGCACCGAGGAUGCGACGUCCCUUUGAGGAAAUCGCCGAGCCUCGCAGUCUGGCGAGUUUCCACUUCUAACAGUUCAUUUGCUGCAGUGUGUUUUUGCCGUUUUCAAUUCCGAGUGGUUUGAUCUGAUCCAUGACCAUGGCUGCAGCGGCGUUGGCUCUGAAAACGAUAGUUCCAGAACACUUUUUCCUGCCUUGGGGAAGCUGCAGUGCUUUGAUCUGACGUAACUGCUUCACCAGGCAAUGCUGAUGCAGACCAUGUUUCAGGAUUGUGCAUGUACUUGCUUUAUUUUUGGUUUAGGGUAAGGUCUGUUCCUACUUUUGCUUGAUGAUGAUGAUUAUAUUAUUCCCUGUUAAAUCUUAGUAUUUUGGGCACUGGACAGACCACCGAACACUGCUUGUAGCAGUUGGAUCGCUCGGAUCUUUUGAACUGACUGAUUACAUGGCGAGUGCUAGUGCUGGCUUACUUCAAUGUGCUGUUGUGUAAUGGCCAGCCUUGGAUUUGCCCUUUUGGUUAUCCUGCAGCAGCCAGACAAAAAAAGGUUUUCCCAACUCUGUCGGCUCUCUAAGAGUAGACUGUGGGAUGACAACAAAAAAAAUGUUAUUGUGUUAUCUUGAACUGUUUAGUAGUUACAGCUUGUAGUAGUGUUCUUGCGAGGAAAAUUGCAGCUGCAAAUUUGUUCAGUUUAUGAUUCCUUGCCUCCGUGGGAUUUUCUGCAUUUCGUUUCUUUGCUCCUCAGAGGUCGAACUUCGUGGCAUGGCGAUUCGAACCUUAUGACAACGUGUCCCGUUCCUCCACUGAAGUCUUGUGCAAUUUCUGCUUUUUCUUUUUCGUAACCCUCACUAGAUGUAAUUUUCUUUCUGCUGAAGGUAGCUGCAGUGCAUGUAAGCUAUGUUAGGCUAGUGUGUUCCCCUUCAGGCAAGUUUCAGACAGAUUGCUAUUUGCAGAUCCUCUGUUCUUCAUUGUGUUUUGAACUACCAGUUAUUUGUGCGUGGAUCCGAUGUCUGGGGACCGUUUCGGUUUUUGAGCCUUGUAUUAUUCCUAAUGCUGUGCCGAUUGAAACAUAUAGCUCUUUAUUUUGUAUGUGUUUGGGUAAUAGUUUCCAUUUCGAAAAAAAAAAAAAAAAGAUGACCAGACAUGUCACCACCUCAGAGUUUGUUGGUAUGCUUGGGGCCCACACUCGGAUGUUCCGUUAAUUGUACCGUACCAUCAACACCACUCCGCAACUUCACUGCACCGCUAGCAGACGAUUCAUAGAGUGAUGACGAUGCAGAAUUCAGGUGUGCGGUGCCAUGGCUACUUGGCAAUGGGAUGCAACUCACCACCUCACAGUUUGUUGGUAUGCUUGGGGCCCACACACUGAUGUUUCGUUACUUGUACCGUACCAUCAACACCACUCCGCAAUUUCACUGCGCCGCUAGCAGACGAUUCAUAGAGAGAUGACGAUGCAGAAUUCAGGUGUGCGGUGCCAUGGCUGCUUGACAAUGAGAUGCAACUGGUCUCUUCUGUUUAGCCCCCUUUUAGUUUUCAGUCUCUUGGUGUGUUGUAUCAGAAAACAUAACAGAAAAACUUGCAUAUAUGACUGUGGAGUAUGUAGGAUUGGCAAAAUGUCCUUGUUAAGACAAAAUUGUGUUUCUCUCGAAGUGGAUAUGUAUGAGAGUUUGGAUGCAAUACAGGUCUUGUUUUUUUUUU